AUGUCUUAUGAAAUGGGCCACAUUGGCGCUCGCGCCUUUAAUCAUGAACAGUCCAGCCAUGCUGAAGAAGAAUUCGAUCGGUUGCGCGGGCUAGCUCGUCAGGAAGCUAACCAGCGUAAUCACUGCUUCGAAAGGUCCAAACAAGCAUACGAACACGGCGAUGGCGCAGGCGCAAAACAGCUCUCCGAGGAAGGCAAAUCGCACGGCCGACAGAUGGAGCAGUACAACAAGCAAGCCUCUGAAUUCAUUUUCCGUGAAAACAAUGCGCCGGGCCGUGUCGCAGACGAUACGAUUGAUCUGCACGGGCAGUUCGUCGAGGAGGCCGAGGAUAUUUUGGAGGAGCGCAUCAAGUAUGCGCGAGAGCAUGGGCAGACGCAUUUGCAUGUGAUCGUUGGAAAAGGGAAUCACUCAGCAAACCACGUCCAAAAAAUCAAGCCGCGUGUGGAGCAAGUCUGUCGCGAGCUUGGUCUGCAGUACGCGACUGAGGAAAACGCUGGACGCAUGUACGUCAAUCUCACUGGUGGCGCGGCCGAGAUGCCUGCCCAUCACGGCGGAGGACACCAACAACCACACCAACAGCCGCAACAACCUCACUAUGGAGGUGGUGGGUACCAGCAACCGUCGGGAUAUCCCGGACAACAACAGUACAGCCAGGGCCAACAGCAACAGCAACAAGGUGGCCAAGAAGACGAGGUGCAGAAGCUUGUCGAAAAGGUGCUUCCCAAGGUACUUCGCAAGCUUGGAGAUUGCUGUAUUGUCAUGUAG